AUGCAUCUCGCCACCAACAUCGCCGUCGCGCUCGUCGCGCUCGUCACCACUGCUCAGGCAGCCUGGCGAAUGGCCUGCGGCAAAGGUGGUAACGCGCAGUUCCACAUCAUCCACGACCGACCCUACCUCAGCACGCUGUGCAGCAUGACGCCCGAUGACGACCACAAGCAGAUGUGCACGAUGCUCGACCUCGGCGGCUGCUACCAGAACUCGAACGGGCACCUCCUUGCAACCAUCAACGGCCGUUUCGAGCACAGCUGCCAGCAUUGUCACCUCACCGGCGUCAACAAGACCAUCUUCGCUUGCGACUGCCAGAUGUUCGGCAAGAAUGCGCCCUGGCAGUACACCGAGAUCGAGACUGAGGACCUGAUCGAGAACCAGGCGGGUUUCCUGACAUGUUGGAAUGCGGGACACCAGAAAUGCCCGGGUAUGCCUGACGUUCAGGUAUAG